UUACGCUACUUUCCCCUGCUAGAUCAGAACCCCACCCCCAACCCACCUCCGGGGAAGCCCUUUAAAUCACACUCUUUCAUUCCCACCUGCCCCUUAUCGAUUUCUCUUUCACAAUGGCGUUAAGACCAAUUGAUAAUGCUCUCCCAACAACACCAGAAAGGCCCAAAAAGCAAGCCAAGGUCGUGGUUCCGAUUCAAAAACAAUCUGAUUCUGCUGUGAAGGACGAAAACAAGCCACCGUCUGCUGAUCCCGUCGUUGAUUAUGUUUUGUCUGAGAAUCUGAAGGUCAUACCAGAUCCUGAAACCAAGAUCCAAAGCUUGAUUGAAGGGCUAGAUUCAAAGGAUUGGACAAAAGUCUGCGAGUACCUGAAUAAUGCCAGGCGGUUUGCACUGUAUCAUUCCACUCUCUUGCUUCCGCUCUUAGAAAAAGUAGUGCUGGUGCUGGUGAAGGCGAUGAAGAAUCCAAGAAGCGCUUUGUGCAAGACCUCAAUCAUGGCUUCAUCUGAUAUUUUCAACGCUUUUGGUGACAAGUUGCUCGACUCCUUCCCCUCUGAGGCGUUUGACCACUUGUUGCUGCAGUUGAUACUGAAAGCGUCCCAAGACAAACGGUUUGUGUGUGAAGAAGCAGACAAGGCAUUGAACGCAAUGGUUAAGGCAAUGACUCCUCUGCCUCUGUUUAAUAAGCUCCGGGCAUAUGUUAGCCAUGGUAACUUUAGAGUCAGAGCCAAGGCUGCCAUUUCUCUUUCAAACUGUGUCUCCAAGAUGGAACUGGAAGGAAUGAAAGAGGUUGGAUUGGUGGCAUUGGUUCAAAUGGCAGCAGACUUGCUGAAAGAUAGGCUGCCUGAGGCAAGAGAAGCCGCGAGAAGUAUUGUGAUUUCGAUAUAUGAGGCGUUUACAGAAAAUGAAGAGCUGAAGCAUGAGGCAUGGCAAACCUUUUGCCUGUCUAAUUUAACACCCAUUCAUGCGCAGUCCAUGCUCAAGAUUAUCCCUUCUCAAUAGAUAAUGGUGCCGGUCGCAGUCUUGUCACAAUACAAUGAAAGUGAAGAUGUCCCAUUUGUUUCCUGUAAAAUGCUGCCUGCCUUUUACAUAU